GUUGUGAAAUACCCACACGCACACCAUCGUCCGUCGCACCACUCACCCACACCCGCACACUCACUACACAGCACUUCCAAUUGGAAAGAACCUUUCCGAUUGGGGGAGCACGUUUCGCGUGAAUUUCGCCCGUGAUUUCCGAGAUUUCUCGAUUCCGGUGACUGCCGCGCAUUUCUAUAAUUAAUACUAAAAACUAAAAAAAAGACAGAUUUGAAGAACCUGUCGCAAUAUCUGUUUACAAGAGAGCAGCUGACGCCGCAGCUGUAAAUUAUUGAGGGUGUGAAAAAAUCAUCCACACACCGCAGACCAACAGCAAAACAAAAGGAAAUCGUGAGAGAGCAAAAACAGCGGUAAAUUCGGCAAAUAGCGUUACACAACCCCACUAAAACUGCAGCCAGAGGCGAGAGAGAAAGAGAGCAAAAGGAGCAAUGGGUCUACUGAGCGAGGGCAGUCCACUAUCCUGGGAGGAAACCAAAGCACUGGCAGAUCAUGUGCGUGAACACGGUGUCAAUCAGUUCAUCAACCUGUACCACAGACUCAAGGAUCGCCAGGGUGAUAUUCUCAAAUGGGGCGACGAGGUGGAGUACAUUAUUGUCAAGUUCGAUGAUGAGGAAAAGGUAGCCCGAGUGGCCCUGCGGGCUCAGGAUCUGCUGGCCCAGCUGAACGAGAAGGAGCUCGCCGAUCCCAAUGGCGUGAAGUCGCUGUGGCGUCCAGAAUACGGUGCCUACAUGAUUGAGGGCACUCCCGGCAAACCCUUUGGCGGUCUGAUGGCCCACUUCAACCUGGUGGAGGCCAAUAUGCGCUAUCGUCGCGAGGAAGUCACCGAGCUGCUCGGGAAGGACGAGUGUGUCAUGUCCAUCACAAACUUCCCGCGCCUGGGCGCCCCCAAUUUCACCUAUCCGCUGGCCCAGCCACGUCCCGAGGAUCCACUCAGUUCCGCUCGCUCGCUCUACUUUCCCGACGAGGCCAUCUUUCCGGGUCAUCCGCGCUUCAAGACCCUCACCCGUAACAUUCGCAAGCGACGCGGCGAGAAGGUGUCCAUCAAGCUGAAGGUUUUCAAGGAUGCGAAGACCAAGUUGCCGGUGGAGGGUGCCCCGCCUGGGGAGCCGGAUGUGGUGCUCCUAGAUGCCAUGGGCUUCGGCAUGGGCUGCUGCUGCCUGCAGCUGACCUUCCAGGCCUGCAACAUCACAGAGGCACGCCGCCUCUACGACCAGCUGGCGCCCCUCUGUCCCAUCAUGUUGGCCCUGACCGCCGCCUCGCCCAUUUAUAGGGGCUAUCUCACGGAAUCGGAUUGCCGCUGGAACGUGAUCAGCUCCUCGGUGGACUGUCGCACGGAAGAGGAACGCGGCCUGGCGCCGCUGGACAAGCAAAAGUUCCGGAUUGCCAAGUCGCGAUACGAUUCCAUCGACUCCUAUUUGUCGCCCGAGGGGGCCAAGUACAACGAUGUGCCGCUCACCUACGACGAGUCGGUCUAUCAGCGUCUGGUCGAGGGCGGCAUUGACCACCUGCUGGCCCAGCAUGUGGCCCACUUGUUUAUCCGGGACACCGUGUCGCUGUUCAGCGAGAAGGUGCACCAGAACGACAACGAGGACACGGAUCAUUUCGAGAACAUCCAGUCCACCAACUGGCAGACCAUGCGCUUCAAGCCGCCGCCACCGAACAGCUCGAUUGGCUGGCGGGUGGAGUUCCGCCCUUGCGAGGCUCAGAUCAGUGACUUCGAGAACGCGGCCAUAGUUUGCUUCGUCGUCCUGCUCACCCGUGUGAUCCUCUCCUACCAGCUGAACUUCCUCACGCCGAUCAGCAAGGUGGACGAGAAUAUGCAGACGGCGCAGAAGAGGGAUGCCUGUCGCAAGGAGAAGUUCUGGUUCCGCAAGUCCUCGAAGACCACCGAGCAAAGGGCGGCCAAGGCCCAGGCUCAAGCUCAGGCUCAGACCAAUGGCAAGGCCACUUUGAAUGGCGAAGGUGUGGCCGAGAAUGGCAAUGGGCUGGCCAAUGGCAAUGGCAUCGAGAAUGGAGACCAUGAAGAGAAGCAGCAGCCUCCUCUGACCAACGGUUCAGCCAAGAUGAACGGACACGGCAACACCAAUGGCACCAGCAACGGCGCCACCAAUGGUUCCUCGAAUGGCUCCUUCAAUGGCGCAGACAGCGAUCACACCGACACCGAUGACGAGGAAAACGAGCUGUUCCAGCUGCUGUCCAUCAAUGAGAUCUUCAAUGGCAAGCCCAAUGUGUUUCCCGGUCUGGUGCCAUUGAUCCGCAGCUAUUUGCAGUCCAUGGAGGUGGACACCGAUACGCAUUGCACCAUUGAACAGUAUCUGCGCUUCAUCGAGAAGCGUGCCGCCGGCGAGCUGAUCACCACGGCCACCUGGAUGCGUGAGCAGGUGCUUAGCCACCCGGACUACAAGCAAGAUUCCGUGGUCAGCGAGGGCAUCAACUACGAUCUGCUGAAGCGCAUCCAGGGCAUCCAGGAGGGCAAGCAGGUGGAGCCGGCGCUGCUCGGCCAGGGCUAUCAUUCCAAGACCAAGACGAAAGACUUCAUUCCGCCGGCGCUGCAGAAACAGCUGGCCAAGAACGGCUGCUGCGAGGAUAAAUGAUCGAGGAGCGCGCUGCGGACGCGUCCAACGCAGCUGGCCGCCGGUGGCCGGCGCAUGUGAUUCGGGUUUUGUGGGUCCGUUCGGGUGUAGUGCGGCAUAUGUUGAGGGCAACGGCGAAAGGCAACGGCGAAGGCAACGGCAAAACGAAACGAAACGGAUACGGCAAACGGAGCAACAUUUAUCAAUAUUAUUUUUAGCAUAAUUUAAAACGGAUUAACAAUUAGCGUGCACCAAAAUCCUAAUUGUGGACAAAUGUUUUGCGGCCGUGCGUGGCCUUUGGAAACGAAAGGCCGGAAGGCAGUAGGCAGAAGAAGGAGGAGGAGGAUGGACUAAGGAAUGGUUAUGGGGCACAGGAGGAUACCUUGCGAGGAUCCCCAGCCAGCCAACCAGAAUAUCCUCCCCUUGACCAGGUGCGUCAUCGUUUCGAUGGGAUCUGAAGCCCUCGAUCGCAACCGAUAAUUGCAAUAGUUAAAUAGAGAACAACUAAGAAUUACGAAGUCUACUUUAUACCAACAUCAAGAACUACUACAACAACAUAAAUCUCAACCAAGUGCCGUACCACAAGACCUACAACAAAAAUAUGAAGAAUACAUAUAGUUCAAAUCGAGGCAAGGUUAAAAACGUCUUUCUGUUUGUUUUCGUUUACAUCAUAUAUAUUUAUUAUUCCUAUUAUUACAAAGUGCAAGUACAAUGAAAAGUUGUUUAUUUUUUUUUUAAUAGAUAUAUUUACACACACGCAAAACACAUAUGUAUGUCUAAAAGUGGCCUGCUGUUUAAACUAGAUAUGAUAAGUAUAACUAAAACAACACUUGUGCUAUUAUAAUUUAUUGUGUAUGUGAUUGUUUCACCAUUAUGAUACGAUUAUGAUUUAUUGUGACCACAAGCAAGCAAAUAAACGGAAAAAAUUGUUGAAUCUUUAAA